GUGCUGGAUAGUAUUUAAAUGAGACUUGUCUCUGGAGAUUUUGUUUCAGCUUAUUGUGCUUUUGGUGUCGUGUUGCUGUCCAUGGUGCUGAAAUUCUGUUUGCAGUUUGGGACCUUUCCUUAUUUCGUGAUUAGCCUUUUUCUUGGUCAAACAAUGAUAUAUAUAUAUUUACUUUUAAGCUUUUUUUUACAUCUUUCCGUCUGGUGAUUGACUUGUUUACUUAAUGAACUCACCUCUAGCUUUUCAAAACCAAAUUUUCCUUAGAAUUUAGACGUUAAAUCUAUAAAACCAGAUUCCUGUGAUGGGAUACUUUUCUAACCACGAGGUGUGGUGAUCCAAUCUUUAAUGGCAGUAAAAGAAUAAAACGUAAAAGACACGUUGGGACUCUAGAUGGCACCAUUGCUUAAUCUGCUGUCUCAUUGAAUCCAGUGGGGAGUAAACGUGAAGCACCGAGUCUGCAGCCAGAACCUGUAUUGACCUUUUUGUCAUGGAUUAUUAUUUAAUCAUGCCCGUUCAUUCUGCACACGUCUGCAGUUUUAGUUGCAGUUUUAUUACUCACACUGAUUUGUAACAUUCACUGUUAAUUUGACGGUUUUAAUCUUUUUAUAAGGAUAAUGCGCAACAUGGAUGCUUUGCGCUCAGCUCCAUCAACAUAUUUAUACGAAAAUAGUCAUUAUUCUAUUUUUGGCCUUGUUUUUUUAUAUUGUAUUUCCUGCACUGUCUACACUGCCAUCUAAAACAAAGAGAACAUGAAAUCCAUGUUUUUCUUUCCUUUUGAUCUUGAUUUUCUCCUCUCUACACCCGCCCCCACGCCUUUUCCAUCCCUUUCUUCUUAUGAUAUGGACUAUCUCAUGUGACAGCGUGUGUGUUAGUCGUGUCCUCUAUGUAAAGCCCUGCCUGGGUCUGUGGGCAGCCUGCCUCCCUCCCCCUCCUCCCCCACGCUGCUCUUUCUCCAGGUUGUAGGUGGGGAUGCUCUCCAGUAAGGCUGACUUUGUGUUUGCGCAGGACUGCAGUUGAUUCAGCAUGAGGCGCUUCCUGUCUUUGUUUCGCGUUUGCAAACUUUAGAAAAAACUAAAGGGGAUUCCGAAGUGGUCGGUGCACAUCCUCUGCGCUGCAAGUGGAGACUGUUUCCCGCGAUGGAUGGGGAAAGUUGUAGUGCGUAAACACUCUUCCGGUAUCUGCGAACAGGUGUUUCCAUUCCCAGGUUUGGAAAUGAGCGUCAUUCACGACUAUCUACCAACAUGUGCGCGUCUGGGUAGUUCGCUGGGAUAAUGUAAACCCAGGCUGGGUUUGUGCGUCUUUCUUGUGAUUCCAAGAAAAACGACACUGAUGGAAGAACACGCAGUGUGCCGUGGUGAAACUCUUUUCACGUCUCUAAAUGGAGCGUUUAUUUUUUAUUUAUUAAAUUUCACUUUUUCUCUGGAGAUGCAACGGGAAAGUCCUGCAUAACGCGAAGAUUCAUGAGAAAAUGAUCCAUUUGGACACUGUCUGAGCGGACUGGGCUUUGCUGCGCCUCUGGGAAUAUUGCGUGUCACUGUUUUGUGCACUUUGCAAGUUCUUGACUCAACCAUCCUUGCAGUUGCCUCAGAUUGUUGACACUGUCCCUGGACGCUUCGUACAAGAACCCACUUGUCUCGAUUCACUUUUCUCUGGAAGUUUUUUUCCCCACAACGCGCUGCCAAACUGGCGAUGGCAGCGGCGAUCGCCAGCUCCCUCAUAAGGCAGAAAAGGCAGGCGAGGGAGCGGGAGAAAUCUAAUGCCUGCCGCUGCGUGAGCAGCCCCAGUAAAACCAAAGGAAGCUGUGAGAAACCCAGCCGGCUGAACGUUUUCUCACGGGUCAAACUCUUUGGCUCUAAGAAGAGGAGAAGGAGACGACCAGAGCCCCAGCUGAAGGGGAUUGUGACGAAGCUGUACAGUCGGCAAGGUUUCCACCUGCAGCUGCAGGCAGAUGGAACCAUCGAUGGAACAAAGGAGGAGGACAGUGGUUUCACCACGUUCAACCUCAUUCCAGUGGGCCUGCGAGUGGUGGCCAUUCAGGGGGUGCAGACCAAACUCUACCUGGCGAUGAACAGUGAGGGCUACCUCUACACAUCAGAACACUUUACACAAGAGUGCAAGUUUAAGGAAUCGGUGUUUGAGAACUACUAUGUGACGUACUCCUCCAUGCAUUACCGGCAGCAGUCAGGCAGAGGCUGGUACCUCGGUCUGAACAAGGAAGGAGAAAUCAUGAAGGGAAACCACGUCAAAAAGAACAAACCAGCAGCCCACUUCCUUCCCAAACCUCUAAAGGUGGCGAUGUACAGAGAACCAUCACUCCACGAUUUGACAGAGUUUUCCCGCUCUGGCAGCGGCACACCCACCAAGAGUCGGAGUGCCUCAGCGGUCCUUAAUGGAGGCAAAGCCGUGAGCCAGAACGAGUCCACGUAGCCCGGCAGCCAAACCCAGGUCUGGGGCCCGAAAACCACGAAACCUUACCUCUCACAGAGCGUGAAUCUAAGCUGACUUGUCUCUUCGAUCAACGGUUCAGGACUAGCUAUGACAACAGUUCACACAUAAAACACCCAGAUGCCAUCAAUACAAACUGUUUGGUUCCAUCCUCGUCUGUCAGUGUUCAUCAAAACAGCAUUUAUAGUGAGAAUCUUAACAGCACAUAGGUCAUCCUUGACUUUUUACAAUGUUACUUAAAAUGUUUUGAGCUAAUUAUGAAUGACCUUGGUCACUCUGUUUUGGUAAUGUCUGCAUACCAGUUAACACAUUUUAGUUUUGUUCAUUCAUGUGAAUGGUUUUUCAUAGGUCAUGAAGACUCGUGCGUCUGUCAGACAGGAACAGGAAGUUAGAUAUGCAGGUGUUCAGAGCAGCCAGUGAUGGUGCUUGUCCACAAGGCUGCAUCGGUACAGUCCAAGCCCUGAUCUCUGUCUCGUUCAUACUUCUGUGAAUGCAAAGCCUAUAAACUCCCUGGUUUGGCGCAGCCUCAUCCUACCUGCCAGCCAGACAGUAGCUCCUGCGUCCUAGUGCACACGCUCAGAGCCUGAGCUCUUUAGCAUGGAAAAAUGAAGCCUAUGCUCAACUGACCUGAAAUAUACAGGGCAGCGUGGCUCUCUUGCAGAUUUAUUUUUUCUUCAUUUAGUUUAUUUUUUCAUUUCAGAAAUGCCACUGCUGCACCUUCUUUUUUUGUAUUUUUUUUUUUGUGCUAAUUUUCUGAAUUAGUCGAGACUUGUUUUUUCACUAACUGCUAUUGUUUGAAUCCCCUCUUGUUCUCCGUCCAUGCCGGUCUUCAGUAUUUGUUGUUUGGUUUUUAAGAUGGGUUCCCGCAAACCAAAGACAGAUUGAGAGUGUCCCUUUAAGCUGCUGAAAACCAAGCCAACAUACAGUAAAGGCAAAGCUUGACUUUUCACCCCAUUGUACAGUUGCGAGGAAGAGUAGCCGAGGUUUUACGAAAAGAAAAAAACUAAAUGGAUGUAGUAAGUGGUGGCUGGCAUGAUGUUGUGCUUUUCUCUAAUAUGCUCAAUGAUGGAAGAAAGAAUGAAAAGGCUUAGUGCUCCCAUUCCCUCCUGUUAUCACAGUGUCACAAUGUCUGUUUAUCUUGUCCUUGUGAUUUGUUUCCUCUCUCUGUGUUCGUGUCAUACUUCAAUCUCCCUGCUUUCCUUUUUCUUUGUCCACUUAUUGACUGAUAAAACUCACCAUAGGAAUAUGGUGAAAGCCUGUUCCCAGGAUGCUUGUUAUGUGUUUGAGUAACUUCUUGUGGUGACAAUAUUUUCUAUAUAAAAAAGAAAUACUGUGGACUUUUAGGUGGCUUAACAUUUUAUAGGAAAUGUCAUAUUUAUAAAAGUGAAAAAAAUAAUUUAAAAACAUAAAAAUACAAACAUCUUCCCUUUCUUGCACAGGGCAUGUACACAGAUAUGUACAAAAAGGACCCUUUUUGUGGGCUAUGUACUCUUUCCUUCAGCUACAAAACUUAUUUCUGGUACAUGCUUUUUGGAAGACUUUCUUUUCUUGGUUUCCUCUGGAGGUGGUUUGUAUCUGGUGGAACUAUCUGUUGCAUGGGAGAGAGCGGGGAAAUACUGGACUAGAGCUGCAUGAUGUAGGCUAUGUGUAUUAACCCAUGUUGGAUAAUGUGUUCCAAACUAUCAGGCUGAAUCUGAUAAAAAAACAUAAGCAGGUAGAUGCUACGGCUGCCUGGUGACUUCCAGUUGUUUAUUAUUUGUUGUAUACACAAAAAUGCACUGAAUAAAAUGUUUAUAUUAAGAUAUACUUUUAAAA